UCACUAAAUUGGCUGACAACUGUACCACCCGGCCUGAAUUUUCUUAUAUAAAAUGAAAUGGGAUUCCAUUUUCUCGGACAAAUCUUGAGCCCCUCCCCCAAAGAAUAAUUUUCUCAAAUCCUCUCUAUCUCCGAUAUCUCUUUGGUUCAUUAACAAGUUGAAUAAUCAAGACUUCAUGGGACUGGGAUGGAGAAACGAUGUCGAAUCACUUGCUGUGGAAGAUCAAGAUAUAUCAGUAAGAGCAAGAAGUGGUAAAGAUCGUCAGAUCAACGGCUUAAAAUGGAGCUACCACUAUUUUGAUCGUGAUCAGGCAGAUGUUCAUGUUCAAAUUGUUCCAGAUAUUAGUAAAGAAGAAGACAACUUGGAGAAAAACAUGACGUCUGUUGUUCCUGAUGAACAUUCUGAAACUGGUGAUCAUCAUCUUCAUAAAGAUUAUUCAGAUAGUUCAUAUAAUCGACUUUUGAGAAACAGGCAUGCGAAGCGGAAACGGCGUCGCGUUCAGAUCUUUAGUGAUGAUGAAUCAGAGGAUUUUACUAGAAAGGUUCCUUUAGUGACAAGAAAAAGUUCCAAGAAAAGACGAAGAGACGAGAUGAUGAGUAACAAGAUGCGUACUCUACAGCAGCUUGUUCCUAAUUGUCACAAGACGGAUAUGGUUUCGGUUCUCGAUAAGACCAUUGAGUAUAUGAAAAAUCUUCAACUUCAAUUCCAGGUGAUGUCAAUAAUGGGAAUGAAUCCAUAUAUUCCUCAGGCGAUAUUAAACUUUGGAAUGCAUAACCACCUUUUGACGGCUAUGGGUAUUGCUCACGGCCUAAACCCAGUCAAACAGAUGACCCUUUCACCGGUACUCCCGUGGUCUUGGCUGUCGCCACCGUUUAUUAAUCUUUCAUUCCCAUACUCAUCUCAUCAAUCUCUCUUGACUACACCAGCUUCUUCUCAGUAUCUUUGUGGUUUGGUUCCUUGUCCAAAGUUUCUUUGAUUUUUCUUCUAAUAUGUUGGGAGGUAGACUGUAGUAUAUGUAAACUGUUAAGAGAAAAAUUUGUAUGAAAUGUUGUUGAUUAGGAAAAAACAGAGAUUGUAAAAUAUGCCAAUAUGGAAUUUAUUUUAAAAUGCGAAAAUAUAUAAUUAUCUUUUCUACUUA